UAAUUAGUCAAACAUAAACGGUUUCUACUUUUUUGUGAAAAGCAGAAUUAGAUGUUUGGCUAAACAAACUAUUGACUCAAUUAUGCAUGUUUUUCAAUUCUUAGACAUGUAUAAUGUCAACCAUAUAUAUAAUACAUGAUUCUUGGCUACUUUGAAAAGAGAAGGGAGGGCGCAAAAUCUUACAAAUCAUUGUAAAGCUAAAGCUAAGAAAUGGCAAAGCCUUUGGGCGCAAGUCCUUCAUUCCUUGUGGUUUUAUGUAUAACAGUACUGUGGCCAACAUUGCAUACUGGGGAAUAUUGUCAAAAGCCAGAAGGAAAGACCGCUCUCUUCAUAUUUGGGGACUCAUUAUUUGAUGUGGGAAACAACAAUUACAUCAACACCACUACUCUUGACCAAGCCAACUUCUGGCCUUAUGGAGAAACUUACUUUAAGUCCCCCACCGGUAGAUUUUCCGACGGCCGUUUGAUUACAGAUUUCAUCGCUACAUAUGCAAAACUGCCAUUGCUACCGCCCUUUCUGCAGCCUGGGGGGAGUCAACACAGCUAUUAUGAUGGGGCAAAUUUGGCCUCGGCGGGGGCGGGAGCUCUUGUCCAGACUUUCCAUGGAUCGGUAAUUAAUAUGGAGACUCAACUCAAACACUUCAAGAAGGUGAAGACUUGGUUGAGAAACAAAAUAGGCAAAUCAAAAUCAGCCAAGAUUUUGUCAAAAGCAGUCUAUUUAUUUAGCGUUGGAACGAAUGACUACCUAAGUCUCUUUGUGACCAAUUCCACAGUUGAAGACUCUCCUGAAUACGUACAAAUGGUCGUUGGCAACUUGACAGCCGUCGUUAAAGAGAUACACAAAAUUGGAGGCAGGAAAUUUGGGUUUCUUAAUUUGGGAGACUUGGGUUGUCUACCUGGCCUAAGAAUACUUAAUCCAUCUAGCAAAAAUGGGUGCUUGGAAAAAGCUUCAAACUUGGCCAAACUCCAUAAUAUUGAGCUGUCCAAUAUCCUCUCAAGAAUGGAGAAAGAGCUGAAGGGGUUCAAGUAUUCACUCUAUGACUUCAAUAGUAGUGUGAGGGAGAGGAUGGAUCAUCCCUCCAAAUAUGGUCUCAAAGAAGGAAAAAGAGCAUGAUGUGGGAGGGGGCAAUAUAGAGGCAUAUUUAGCUGUGGAGGAAAAAGGCCAGUAGGACAUGAAUUUGAGCUAUGUGAAAAUCCAAGUAUGCAUGUAUUUUGGGACUCCUAUCAUCAAACAGAAACUAUUUACCAGCAAAUGGCAGCUGAAAUGUGGAAUGGGCCUUCUAAUUUCAAGUCUCUCUUUCAAUGCUUGUAAAGUUUUAGUUCAA